AUGCAUUUGUCCAAACUCCUCACGUUCCUCGCAGCAGCGAUCUCCGUCUCCGCAGGGACCAUCCCCUGGUCCCGAAAAACAUGCGUCGUCCCGGCUUCAGGAACAAACACCACCGACGAUGCACCGGCAAUCAUCCAAGCCUUCAAGCGCUGCGGUCGCCGUGGAAAGGUCGUCUUCAAACCCACGACAUACCAUGUCAACUCGGUCAUGGACAUCCGCUGGCUCGAGGACGUCGAGAUUGACUUUCGAGGAAACCUACUGUGGAGCACCGACAUCCCCUACUGGCUCAACAACUCGCUGGAGGUCGGGUACCAGAACCAAUCGACGGCGUGGAUCCUCGGCGGGAAUAAUGUGCGCUUCAACGGUCAUGGAGUCGGUACCCUCGACGGGAACGGGGACUAUUGGUACGAGUGGAUUCGGGAGCAGGAGAAUACGUCGAAUUACCCCGGUAGGCCGAUCGCGUUGACGUUUAACGGGUUGACGAAUUCGGUUGUGCGGGGGGUGAAUUUUUUGCGCAGUCAGAUGUGGACGCUGGCGAUCAUCUACUCGCACCACGUCGACUUUGAGAAUAUCUUUGUGAACAAUACCGGGAACAGGGUUGAUAGCUCAAACACCGACGGCGCCGACACGAUCCGCUCCUCGCACCUUACCUUUAACAACCUAACCGUCUACAACGGCGACGACAGCAUCUCGUUCAAAGCAAACAGCACGGACAUUACUCUGCGGAACUCGCACUUUUACAACGGGCUCGGCGUGGCAAUCGGUAGCAUUGGCCAGCUAAACGACCAGUACGAGACCGUUGAGCGGAUCAGGGUGGAGAAUGUCAAGUUUGAGAAUACGCUACACGCGGUCUACUUUAAAACCUGGACGGACGACCAGAAUGGGUAUCCGCCUAAUGGCGGUGGUGGUGGGCUUGGAUACGCCUCGGAUAUGCUCUUCAAAAACCUCCACACAACCGACAUGCGCGGCUCCGCAGUGGCAAUCUCGCAAUGCACACGCUUCAGCGGCGCCCCGGGACAGGGCAACUGCACAAACUCGCAGUUCCAGAUCCGAGAUAUCACAAUCGCAAACCUAAAGGGGACGACAAAGUCGGAGCGUGUUACCAGCUUCCAGUGUAGUGCUGUAGCACCCUGCACGAAUAUCGGCAUGUUUGGAAUUGAUUUGGAGUUUGCGAAUGGGACUGCUGCUGAGGAGUAUCUUUGUGGGAAUGUCAAGGAUCCGAGGGGAUUUGAGUGUACCGGGGAGGUUUGUGUGGGUGGGAGUGCGACGGGGGAGUGCUAG